AUGGAUAAAUUGUAAUAAUUAAUUUAAGAGUUCUUCAAUGUUUUAGAAUAGAAUUUCUUUCUUUCUAGAGAAUUCAAUAAGAUUUUUGUAUCCCAAGACAAUGCCAAAUAAAUAGCAUAGGAAAAAAAAUAUUAAGAACUGACAAUUAAACUGCUUGAGUUUAUUUUGUCUAUCCAUAAGAGCAACCAACACUCUGCACUACAGGAUAGAAUUGCUCAAACUCAAAAACUACUAUUAAAUUACCAUAGUUAAAUCAAUCAAUCACAAAAAAGGGAAAUAUAACCAUUAAAUUAAAAUUUUGACAUUCCUACAGUCAGCAAUUAUAAAAGCAAUCCAGUCUCUCCUAGAAAUGUCUAAAUCAAUUAAAGUAAAAGUGCAUAAAACUUACAUGGACUUGAGAAGAGACAAAAGUCAAAUUAGAACCCAGUUUAAGGAAUGACAAAAGGAACCCCCAAUAGUUCAUCUUCAUAGAGAUUCUUUAUCGAAGAUAUCCCCAAGAUGGGCAAAUCGCAUGUAAAAGAUGAUCAAUAGAGGAAUUACAAUAUUAUUACUGGAAUGUGA